AUGGUCAGAAAAUCCCUGGUGGCUGGGCUGGUAGUUUUGCUGGUGGCUGCAGUGGGAGUGUUCGUGGGGGUGUUCAUGGGGGUGGGAAACAAGAGCCCCAUCUCCCCCUCAGACCAUUUCUACUCCAAAGCUGCCGUGGCUGCAGAUGCUGGAACGUGCUCUGAGGUGGGGAGGGACAUUCUGAAGAGGAAUGGCUCAGCGGUGGAUGCAUCUAUCGCCGCCCUUCUGUGUGUUGGCCUCCUGAACGCUCACAGCAUGGGCAUUGGAGGGGGGCUCUUCUUCACGAUCUAUAACGCUUCCGCAGGGAAGGUUGAAACCAUUGACGCGAGGGAGACAGCACCCAUGAACGCGACAGAAGACAUGUUUGGCAAUAACACCCAGCUUUCUCGGAAAGGUGGAUUGUCUAUUGCCAUUCCUGGGGAGAUCCGUGGUUACGAAAUGGCACACAGGAGACAUGGCAGGCUGCCAUGGAAGGAGCUGUUUGAGCCAAGCAUUGCUUUGGCACGCAUCGGUUUCCCUAUAGGCAAAGCCCUGGCCAAAGCCAUCUCCAAGAACAAGGACGCUAUUCAAGGAGAUGCCAAUAUGUGUGAAGUGUUCUGUGACUCCCAGAAAAACAUCCUGAAGGAAAAUGACAUCGUUAAAUUUCCCAAACUAGCAGACACCUACGAGAGGAUAGCAGAGGAGGGACCGAAUGUUUUUUACAAUGGGACAAUGGCACAGACAAUUGUGGAUGACAUCCAGGCAGCAGGUGGGAUUAUAACCCUGGAGGACCUGCUGGAGUACCGGCCUGUGUUGAAUGAGAACCCACUGAAGCUGACCGUGGGAGAGUACACCAUGCACGUCCCAGACGCCCCCUCCAGCGGCCCAGUCCUGGCACUCAUACUCAACAUAGUGGACGGGUAUAAUUUUACUGGCACGAGUGUCUCUACGUCCGAGAAAAGGACUUUGACAUAUCACCGCAUCGUGGAAGCAUUCCGAUUUGCUUAUGCCAAGAGAAGCAGACUAGGGGACCCACGCUAUCUCAAUAUCACUGAUCUCAUCCACAACAUGACCUCAGACUACUUUGCUGAUGGGAUCAGGAGUAAGAUCACAGAUGACACCACUCAUCCCGACAGCUACUAUGAGCCAGAUUAUUUUGUCCCCGACAAUCACGGGACAGCACACCUGUCCGUCAUAGCAGAGGAUGGAAGUGCUGUGGCUGCCACCAGCACAAUCAAUCUAUAUUUUGGCUCCAAAGUCAUGUCCCGAUCAACUGGCAUCAUUUUCAAUGAUGAGAUGGAUGACUUCAGCUCUCCAUACAUCACCAACGGCUUGGGAAUCCCUCCAUCUCCUAACAACUUCAUCCAGCCUGGUAAAAGGCCUCUAUCUUCUAUGUGCCCAACUAUUAUCUUGGACAAAGACAAUAGAGUGAAAAUGGUGGUGGGAGCCUCUGGUGGAACAAAGAUCACCACAGCGACUGCCCUAGUGAUUCUGAAUUCCUUGUUCUUUGACUACGACCUCAAAAAAGCUGUGGCACAACCUCGAAUUCACAAUCAACUUAACCCAAAUAUGACAGUAGUGGAGCAUGGCUUUGAAAAGAGUGUAUUAGAUGGUCUGGUACAGAAGAACCAUGUCACAGAGCUGCUGAUGACUCCUGGAUCAGUAGUUCAGGCGGUGGUGCGACAGGGGGAGCGGCUCUGUGCUGAGUCCGACCCCAGAAAAGGGGGUUAUCCAGCGGGCUACUGA